AAUUGAUUUCGGGGUUGGCAUUUCCUCAGCGUCAGUCGACAUAAGAAUUUUCUCCAUCCUCUUCCGCAUCCUUAUCUAAAUAAUUGAUUAGUCAACUGUCAUCCUCCUCUUAUGUUCGUCUUUCUUGCACACAGACAAAGCCAUCACCAGGAUCAUUUCCCAAAUUAAAUAAAUAAUAUCUCAAAUCACUACCACUCACCUUGCCUUUCACAUAUUUCGACCAUCUGACAGAAGCAAAACUCUACUCAUCAGCAACUUCUAGAUUGCUCAAAUCUAACAUAAAGUAAGAGGUGCUUCAUGUAUGUCGGUUAAUCAUUAGUAAUAGAGCCAGAAAACAUUUUUAAAAAAUGGCCGUUGCCGCUACAGUGUCUAGCCGUGAAGAAGAGAAGACUCUCCAAGAGCUGACUAUCCCAAUUUUACUUGCAGAUCGAGUGAUCAAUUCGGCCCAAGAAGCAGAAUCGUUCAAACAGGAUUGCUCCGACCUUGCUAAACAAGUGGAACGCCUAUCCCAGUUGCUACGAUCCACCGUCCGCCUCGUCUCCACCACUCCUUCCAUCUACGACCGCCCUCUCCGCCUCAUCGCUUCCGACAUCUCCAAGAACCUCGAUCGUGCCCUCACCCUUGUUCGUAAGUGCAAGCACAGCGGCGUUCUCCGCCAUGUCUUCUCCAUCAUCUCUACUGCUGACUUUCGCAAGGUCUCCAACCUUCUGGAGUCUUCCAUCGGCGAUAUGAAAUGGCUUCUGUCGAUUUUCGAGUCCGAUGGAGGUACUUAUCUGUCCCUCCCUCCAAUUGCUUGUAACGAUCCUAUUCUAGCUUGGGUCUGGUCUCAUAUAUCGACUAUCCAGAUGGGCCAGCCGAAAGACCGCGUUGAUGCGGCUAACGAGCUCGCCUCUCUAGCUCGGGAUAGCGAUAGGAACAAGAAGAUGAUAGUGAAGGAAGGAGGGAUUUUGCCCUGUUUGAAGUUGCUUAAGGAAGGUCCCUCUCCUGAGGCGCAAAUUGCUGCUGCAAAUGCCCUCUUCAAUAUCGCCACUGACCAGGAGAGAGUUAGGUUGAUUGUGGUUUGUCUUGGGGUCCCUAUCAUUGUGGGUGUUUUAGGGGAUUCUCCGAUGAAGGUUCAGAUUGUGGUUGCGAAUUUAGUGGCCAGCAUGGCGGAACUUGACCCAUAUGCGCAGGAGGAGUUCAUGAGAGAGACCGUGAAUCGGCCUUUGGUAUCUCUGUUAUCCAUUGACUUGGAUUUGGACGUUGCCAAAAAUCAGUCUGCUAAAACAAGUAUUCAUUCGCUUGUGCAAAUGAAUAAAGAAUUGUCUUAUAAUAAUAUAAGAUACAACAAUGGUCAUUCUUCUGAUGGUAAUUCGCACCACAGAAAGGAAAGGGAGAUGGAAACACCUGAGGUGCGGCUUAAGCUUAAGGUUAGUUGCGCACUGGCAUUAUGGAAAUUGUCUAAAGGGAGUGUAUCCAAUAGUAGGAAGAUUACAGAGACCAAAGGCCUGCUUUGCUUGGCCAAGAUUAUUGAACAUGAAAAAGGGGAGUUGCAGUUAAAUUGCUUGAUGACGGUUUCGGAGAUUGUAGCAGUGGCAGAAUCCAAUGAUGAUCUUAGACGUGCAGCUUUUAAGACCAAUUGGCCUCCUGCCAAGGCAGUUUUGAAUCAGCUUUUAAGAGUAAUUCAGGAAGAAAGUGAUCCGAAGUUGCAGAUUCCUGCUAUUAGAUCAAUUGGGUGCUUAGCUCGAACUUUCCCUGCUAGGGAGACCAGGAUAAUUGCCCCUUUAGUUGCCCAGCUUGGUAAUAGAAAUGUGGAUGUUGCAACUGAAGUAGCUAUUUCCUUGGGGAAAUUUGUGUCUCCUGAUAAUUUCAAUUGCUCUCAACAUUCAAAAGCAAUUAUAGAGUUUGAUGGGGUUCAGCCUUUGAUGAAAUUGAUAAGGAAUGGUGAUCGAGCUCGAAUGCAUGGCCUAGUAUUACUAUGUUACCUUGCCCUGAAUUCUGGGAAUAGCAAGGCCCUUGAACAAGUGAGGGCAUUGAAUGCUCUUGAAGGAGCAGCUCGUCCUGUGAUAGCUCAACAUCCUGAGUUGAGGGAUUUGCUUGCUAAGGCUAUACACCAUCUCACUCUUUAUCAGGCCGGAGCUCAUCCUCAUAGGCAGUCGUUUGCGUCAUAAUUAAUACCACCGUUUGAGCUUCCAAACCAUGUGAACCUUCUUAUUGUUAUUGUAACAUAUCUUAUAUUAGAUUGAAAAAUAAAAGUUAUGGAACAGAGGAAAAUUUUGUUGUUCAAGAGAUGGUUGUUCCACAGACUGAAAAUUAAUUUUGGCAUUUCUCACUACUGUUAAAGGAUUGUCAAGCUUUUCAUUUUGCUA